AUGACCAACAAGACCGUGUUAUUGUUCAAGAAGGGUGACCUACACGAUAUCGGCAACUAUCGCCUAAUCUGCUUACUGUCUGUCGUCUACAAACUUUUCGCUCGUAUCAUCCUAGACAGGAUUGACAGAACACCGAAUGAAGGUGACCAAAAGAGCAAGCAGGAUUUCGGAACUUAUAAGCGAGAUGGACCAAAUACACACGAUAAGAAGACUCGCUGGAGUGCCGCGAGAGUAUGA